AUGGAAUUGGACGAUCUUGAUAAAGCCAUCAAUACGAUCAAGCAUACGAGUCGCAAAGGGGGCAAAGUCAAGAAGGCUGUAGACGACAUCUGCUGCCGUUUGAUCCUCAUUAAUUCUUCCGCUCCUUCUAACUUGAAAACCUUUCAAAAUCUCAAACAUGCGCUCAGAAAAGCCAUGCAACCUGUCUACGAGGUCCACCCUAUCCGCGCUACCGAACUCGCGAAUGCAGUUUUCCUGAAAGCUGUCCACGAGAAGAUUCCUGCAGACAACAGCACGGCUGUUCUUUCCGAUGGCAAAACAAGGAGGGAGCAUUGGGAAGAGGUGGCGAGAGCAGUGCUUUCUGGUUUGCUUGACUUCUGCGAGAAGAAAGGUGAUGAGAGGACCAAGACAACCAUUUCUGGAGUAUUUUACCCGGCUAUAUGCGAGUAUUUCUUCCCGGACUCGUCGGUCUGUGCGGGGAGCAUUGGUCUCCGGCUUCGAUUGACUGCAUAUUCGCUUCUUGAAGCCCUUGCAGAAGGCAGCGUCAACCAUCAGCGCGAGCUGAGAGAUCCGAAUUUACUCGGCCCAAAGAAACUCGGAGCUGCGAUCUCGCGGACACAUGAACCUGCAUUGCCCUGUGGAGAUGAGUUGGCAUCGCUGCUCCAAGGGACGUCGCCCAAAAAUUGGGAAGAGACUGCCAUGCGUAUCGUGGACAAACUCGCGAGUACUCGGCUUGACUUCCCUCAACCAUUCGCAUUAAACCGCAUCACGGCUUGCGGCACGAUGUUCGAACAGCCUGAAUCGUGGGACCGACUCCUCGUCGAUGCUCGUGGGCUCCUGGUCAGUGUCGAAAACUCGAACGGCGAAUACGAAUCGCUGGAGGUUCCGUACACGACCGUAGUUUCUAUCACACUUCGCGACGCCACUCACCUCAACGAACUGGAUGUUGAAGUGGCCCUAUCGACUCCUCCCAUCAUCGGCGAGAAACCUAUGGCGGCUAAAGGCAGCCCAUCGAUGAGCUUCCAAAUCCAGAAGACCGACCUGAAUCGCUUUCAUGGUGCUAUCGAGCAUCGCGGUUUGGGUGGGCGCGUCCAGCGAGAUAAGCUCACCGCCCCACCAAGGUCCCGUCAUGUCUCCGUAGCGCAGGUCUCGGUGGAGUUCGACGGUAUUCCGCCGCCCAUAGGAAAGAACCUUCCUUUGAGCUUCCCGGAGAGGUUGAAUGUGGUCAAACAGACGUACGGCAUCACUGACGCUAGUAGCGAAUCAGGGAAUGGCAAAGGUAACGGCGAAGAGUUUUUCGACUUCGACACGGCAGCGGCAUCCCCCGAGAAUAUACCUCCGACUGGUGAACUGAAAGCCGAAGGGCCCCCGAAAAGAGGCCCUCCGCAGCAUGUUGCCGCUUCCUCCGACGACCCGCUGAACGUCCUCGCUCAUACCCGCAGCUCCUCCACCCUCACCGGCGGUCAGGUGAAGGUUCGCUUUGGUGGUGUUUCCUCCUCGGACGGCCUGAUCAAGGAAUCACUGGAUGUGCCAGAGUCUGCUCUGGCCGCACAUGCCGCAGCGCCUUCGGUUGCUUUGGACCGCAAGCCUCCUCCCGCUUCUCGCCCUUCUGGUAUGGAAACCUCGACAGCUUCCGCGCGCUCUGGUAAAUCGUCUGGCCCCCUGCUGCUGUCCAAGCGCGCCUCUUUGCGUCCUCUGUCUAGAACUGCAAGCCAACUGCGACGCGAUGUCUUCGGGGUAGAGGAAGAGCUCUCUGAAAUCUCUGACGACGCAGGAUCCCAACCACCACGCCAGGAGGACUCGGACAUUGAGACUUCCCAAGAGGGCGUCUGUGAUCAACCUGGAUUCAAGGCUUCUCCGAAGAUGUCCAGAAGUCCCCUCAAGUUGAAAGGCGCGCUCUCGGGCAAGGUUUUAACCAAGAACACCGCGGCUGGUCCUAUCUUCAGUCAGAACCCUGUAGUCCAGAAUCUCAAGAGAUCCACUGUUGUGCGCAAGAGGAUUGUGCUCGACUCGGAUGACGAAUUGGAGGCUGGCACCACGCGUCUCGAUCCCGCUCCUGUCGAUGGAACUGUCUCUGGCGACGUCGAUCCUUCCCCUGUAGUGACUGGUGCUCCUGGACCCUGCAUCGUCAAGCGACCUCUCAGGGCAGCUCGAACUCUUCGCAUGGUGCGUUCCUCGGGAGUCGAAUCACCGCUUGACAACGAUAUCGGGGUUGGACAGUUCGAGCCUGCGGAACUCUCGGCCGUAUCACCCGUUCGUACGGUUGCUCCAGCCGACACCUUCAGGGUUGACCUACCUGUGACUCCUGGGAAGCGCAAGCGUCUGGCCGAGGAGGGCGACCGUGAUGCUGCUCCUGCGAGUUGUAAUCCACCAGCUGCUCCUGCUGCUCCUGCUCGUAAGCGGCGACGUCAUGGCACCCUGGCCAAACAAGAAUCAGAAGAAAGCAAUAUUCCUAAGAGACGCUCAUCAAGGGUCUUUCAAGCUAGUCUGAGUUCCCGCAUGCCCCAGAAUAGCAAGUACGGCACUCGUAGCAAGAACGGGCGCACAUUUUCUCCUGAAAAACGAGCUCUCUGGUCUUCGUCGGAUGCUGAUCACUCCUGUGACGCCGUCCCCGUUGAUACUAACCGACCUACUCGUGUUACUCGCGCAAGCGCGCUGAAGGAUAAAGCCGGAAACGUCAAGCCUCCUCCGCCGCCACGGAAGCCCAAGCCCAAGGCUAAGAAGGCCAGUAAGACUACCAAACUAGGUUCACCAGUCCCUCCAGGGCGCAAGGUGCUGGCGCCAGUGCCCGCAGGGGAGCUUGCCAUACGCACUGCGAAGAACGCAGAUACCGUCAACGUGGGCAAUGUCGCCAUCAAGACGCCUACUACCGCAGUCAAGCCCCAGGGAGCGCCACCUACUCCCCCUCCUCGCUCUAAUGUUAAUGCAGCGUGGGUAGACAUGCCUUCGCAAGAACCAUCGCUGGUCAUCGCCUCGAAGAUCUUGGAGCCGCCCAACUUCCAGCAAUCUGGCUCGGAGGUACAGACCUCGCAGGAGAACCAGGAUGCCCAGGACCCCAUAGACGCCAUGGACGAACUGGACUUUGACGCCAUGUAUGUGGAUAACCUGGAGCCUGGUCCUGAUGCGGAGCCGGUGUCGGCUCGCCUAAACGAGGAGAAGACCCCCCUGGAUCCGCCACAGAAUUUCUCAAUUGGAGUCGUGGACGAGUCUAUCCUCGGUGACAGGAUAUCGACGCAAGCCACGACUAAGGAGGUAUGCGUGCAGGUCAAUGACAAGCAGCAGGCGGAACCGACGGUAUCGUUGCAGGCUGUCGUGGGGGCGCCAUCCAAUCUGCAAUCGGUCACGAUCGACCUCACGCAAGACACGCCCGCGCAAAAGCCACUUAGACGUGCGGAACCACGGAAAGUGAUUAGGGAAGCCGUGAAUCUGCCCUCGCCAAUCCGCAUUCCGGAUGAACUUCUGGAGCCCACGCGCUGUCCGAAUAACAUCAAGCAAGCCGUGGAGGGAAAUGACAUCGACAGCGAAAGCGAUGCACAUAACGUAGACUCCCCUGAUCGCCACGCGAUGAUCGACGAGACUGCGGAGAAUAUCCGUUGUCCUCUGCCAGCGAAUACUCUACCACCGAGAACCGCUGCCACGAGGUUCUCCGCCAAGCAGCCUGUAUCUAUCCUUAGACCGUCGCCGGCGGCGUCGACGCAACGCAAAGCGCGCUUCGCGGACGAAUUAACUCCCGCCCAUCCUGAGCAAGGAGGCCGUCGAUUAUCAAAGAUGACGAGGUUCGAAACCAAUGAGGAAGAGAAGACAUCGAGGACGAAUACCGGCCGACGAGCAGAGCCUGGCUUGCGCGAUAUCGUCAGGGCUCUCGACGGCAUUAAUGAUGCUAUCCUGGAAAAGAUCGCGCGAGGCUUUGACUCGGUCAGGGACAACGCCCUGUAUGGCCGCAAGAUCAUACUGCAGAACGUCGGUGCGGAUCUGCAGCGCAUGAGCGGAGAGGCCGCAGAACGUUACAACGUGCUUAUAGAGCUCGAGGCGGAGUACGCCGCGUUCAACGCGCUCUCAAAGGCCAAGUACGGCGAGCUCGUGCGCGCGAGCUCGGCUAUCGUGGACACGGCGCGAGAGGCGCUGGCGGAGCACGCCCGGCACGAUCUGAGCAAGAAGUUUCCGAGGACGCUGGGCGGGCUGCCGCAGAGCAUGCUGGACGUGCUGAACAAGAAGAAGUGA